AUGAUAUCGACCACCCUCAUGACUUUCUUGUUGAUUACCGACCCCAAUGUCCGAUCGGUCAAGCUGCUCGGAUCAUGGGACAAUUUCUCCAAGCCUUACGCCAUGGAGCGAGACAAACGCGUUGGUGCUGGACACUGGAGAGGAUGCCACACCUUCACCGACAUCAUUGGCGACGGCCCCAACGACAAAUCUCAAUGGCGGACAGGCGGUCUCAAGAUGGGUGCCACGUACUGGUACUAUUACUUGCUGGACGAUGACCUGGAGCACUACAACGAGGCAGAGCCUGUCGUUACCAAUUGUCCCCUUCUCCCAGGACAGCCGAUGAAUGUGCUCAACGUACCCAUCAUCUUACCUGACAGUCGCGUCCAUGGCCGCUCCGGCAGUAAUAGCUCCGCAAAAUCCGAUUACCGAACCAUGAAUCCCGAAGACAAAUUCAUGAACCCGCGAAAGCCGCCCAAGCCCAACCUGGCCCGUCUUCAAACAUCCGCCCCUCUCCAUCACCAGCCAAGUCCGGCGUUUCCCUCCAGUGCCUCUCCCAGCAGUGGUGGGGUUCACCGAAGUGUAUCACAGCCCAACAGUGCCACUCGCAGAGCCCACAGCUCGAAAGACGCGCGUUCUGUGUCGCCCCCAAGAUCGCGGGCGCUGCAGCCUGGCUUUCGGCCAACGGAUGGGACGGAUCCUAAGAAACAGCCCGAUGCGGCGCCGCAAAAUGUACCGAAUCUGCCACCACAGCAGGAUGUCCCGGAUGAUCGCCGCAACGUCCCUGGUAUCAAGGUUAACGCUGGAUACGCACAGCCUGUUGAAACCUCUACACCGGCUACCAUUCAAAGUCGUCGCGCAUUGAAAGCUGGUGCCGGGGAUGUGGCGCCUGCGCGAGCAUUGACUGUGCAAACACGCCCGGAGCGUCGCAAGCCUAGCAUUUCCCGAGGCGCCGCAGCUGAUGAUACCCGUGCGAACCAAGAUGGUGGAACGAUCCCGAUGAGCAUACGGCAUGAGGCAAAUUUGAGCGAUGCAACCACCCCGACGGGCAUGGAUACCAGUGAAAAGAGGCUUCCCACACUGCCCAACACGCCUUCCUCCGUGAUGGACGAAGCGGUCCGCGAGAUCGACGAGACCGACAAAGCCAUGAACGCCGAGGUGUUGCGCAGCCAUUUCUCGAGCCUGACUACUGUGGACGACUCCACAAACUCGUGCCUCGUGGGCGAGCAAAGCCGUUUCUCGGAAUGGAGCACCGACACCGACACUGACUACAAUUCUCCCGAGUCGAUGGUGUCCACCUCGACCUUCAACCACGACCAGACUGAGUCGCCCGCCGUCGACGACAGCUGGAGGACCCCUGACCUGUCGUCGCAACCGACCGAUCCAGCACCCAACACCGACCCCAAUACACCCCAUCUCACCCUGCACUCCAAACCGUCGUCUCCGAACUUGGCGUCCGGCGACAUCCCUUCGUGGAACGAGUCGCUGCCCCAGCUCGCCGUUUCGCUGUCGUCAUCCAAUAUUGACGCGUCCGGUCUCGGAAUCGAAAACAUGGACGAGGUGGAAAGCAACCCCAAGCGCCACGCGGCCCUAUUCAACGCGCUUGAAUCCAUGGAGGCUUUGGCCCUGUCGCGGAAUCACACCACUGGCUCUCCGAUCAUUCUCCCGGACGUGCAGAGAGAGUCAGGUGGUGAGAAGCGAGAAAGCGAUGACCAGGAGAAAAAGCAUCCCUCUGGGUCUCGUCCUAAUGACAGCCCUGUCCACGGACAGGCGACCAUGCAGGAGUUGAUGGAUGAGCUCAGUUACCUGAAGAACAUGAUCCAGGCUGAGAUGGACGGUGCUCCCUUCUGA